AUGGCGAACCCACCGCCAACUGCUGGUCCUUCGGCCCAGACGCCUCCUCCGAACUCUCCCCCUCCAACCCAUGCCGCCUUCCCCACUGCUGCUGAGCUCGGCGCGCCGGCUAACGUUGCUGGUGGCUCCAACCAGAGCCAGCAGGCGCAGCAGGACUCAGUCAACGUCCCCUCGACCGUUGAGGAACUCCAUGGUCUCAUGAUGACAACGAUCACUCCCAUCGACAUCGAGGAGAAGCUCGUUCCUAUUCUCAUGACGCUCACGAAGCUGCGCAACGAGCACGGAGGGCCGGACUUGCUGGCGCUCGACGGCGUCGAGCUCGACACCUCUGACAGCGCUCUGGGAGCGUUGUCUUUGGCGUACACGAGCAUCGUUACCGCUCGCAUCCUGGCGAAGCUCAAUUCGGGCUCUGCGGCGUCGGAGGAAGAUGUGACGUUGGCAUUGCGGUUGAUUGGCGUAUCUGACAAGCGGCAACUGGCUAUGUGCCUUCCUCUUGCUGCGAAGAAAGCAAACAGGGUGUCCGACUCGGUCCCGUACCUGCAUGAGCUUCUGAUGGGCACCUCUGCGUCGUCACCUCGCAAGUUUAACGGUGUUCACGCUGCACUCCUAGAGCUUCAGCCGCCGUAUCCGACCGUCACCCUGCCAUAUCUGUCUGUUGACGAGGGAACAUCCUACCUUGAUGUGCUUACGUAUCACCACCAUGCGGGUCUUGUGGCGGCUGCGAACGAGGACUACGCCCUCGCCGCUCAGAUGUUCUCUUUCUGGCUUCACCUGCCCAAGGACACCUCGCCCGCCGUGAACCGCAUGCUGGAGAAGACGAUCAAGGACUACAAGGACCUGGCGAAGGCGUUCGAGGCUCAGGAGUGGAAGGACGUGCAGAAGAUCGUGCAGACGAAGAAGUCCACCUUCACCCAGGACGCCAACUACGGACUCGUGCAGCAGAUCCUGGAGUCGAUCCCGAAGCGCCGCAUUCUGACAUUGCGCCCGACGUACUCGAGAAUAGCACUCUCAGAUUUAGCGCGCAAGGUGGGACUCGGUGACGCCGCUGGCGCCGCCGCGGUCAAGGACGUGAUCGGACGCAUGAUUGCGACUGGCGAGAUCCGCGCGUCCGUGACCGGCUCGCCCGAGAUUGUCACCUUUGAGGACGACGACGACUACGAUUCGCCAGCGGCUAUGAAGCGCCUGGCGGACGCACAGGCUGUCGCCAGCAGUCUCCUGGCCGAGCUGACACGUGCGGACCAGCAGCUGGGCCUGAACCCCAAGUGGCUGCAGAAGGUGCGUUCAAUCGAGGCGAAGGAGAAGCAGAAGGAGCCCGCGGGCAAGAUGGCCGAGGGCGGGAGCGAGCUCCGUGUCGGCGGCGCUGUUGGUGCAAACCAGUCCGACUUUGGGUUCUAG